CUUUGGCCCCAGUUGAUGGGUGCCAAAAGGCCCUGGCCCGCCUUGGGACACCUGUUGCUUUCUGGACCUGUUUCAUCUUCCUGGCAUUCCCCAGGGAAACUGCUUCUCCUGGGAGACUUUGGUUCCUUCCUCCCAAGGAGACUCUGGGUCUGUCCCGAUUGCCUCCAGACAUAUGGUGCACCCCAGGUUCUGACUGGGCCCUCCCCGUUCCCGCAGCUGGGCCUGUUGGUUGACCUCUCCCCAGACGGCCUCAUGAUUCCUGAAGACGGAGUGAACGAAGCGGAACUGGAGGCCGAGUUCUUGGCUUUGGUGGGCGGCCAGCCCCCGGCUCUAGAGAAGCUUAAAGCCAAAGGUCCUCUGCCCAUGGAGGCUAUUGAGAAGAUGGCCAGCCUAUGCAUGAGGGACCCGGAUGAGGACGAGGAGGAGGGGACGGACGAUGAGGACGUGGAGGAGGAUGACGACCUGCUGGCAGAACUAAACGAGGUCCUUGGAGAGGAGCAGAAGGCCGUGGAGCCCCCGGCCCCCAUGGCACAGCCGAAGCCCACCGCCGCCAACCCAGGAGUGGAGGCCGUCCUGCAGGAGAGGCUCCCUCUCUCUCAGGCAGCCGUGGAGACCGCCAGGCAGGCUGGAGACGGCGCCAAGCUGCGGCGCUACGACCGGGGUCUCAAGACGCUGGAAACCCUGCUGGCCUCUGUCCGGAAGGGCAACGCCAUCGAUGAAGAGGACAUCCCACCUCCCGUGGCCAUAGGGAGGGGCCCCGCAGCUACACCCAGCCACACCCCUGUACCGCCCCAGCCUUCCCCUACAGUCCCGCCAGCCCCAGAACCCAGGGUCAUCAUGGAGGCGCCUUCUCCCAACGCCCCUGCCUCCUCCCCCGGCUCAGCUAAGCCGCAGCUGCCCCCAGGCCCCUGCAGCCCUGGCCCCCUGGCCCAGCUGCAGACCCGCCAGCGCGAGUACAAGCUGGAGGCGCUCCAAGCCAAGCAGCAGGGAGACACGGCCGCCGCUGCCAGAUACUUCCGCGUGGCCAAGAGUUUUGAUGCUGUCUUGGAGGCUCUGAGCCGGGGGGAGCCCGUGGACCUGUCCCGCCUGCCCCCGCCACCUGACCAGCUGCCCCCAGACCCGCCGUCACCACCCCCGCAGCCUCCAGCUCCCGCCACGACGCCCUCUGCACCAGAGGUCCCCCCACCCCCGAGGACCCUCCUGGAGGCGCUGGAGCAGCGGAUGGAGCGGUACCAGGUGGCCGCAGCCCAGGCCAAGGCCAAAGGGGACCAGAGGAAGGCCCGGAUGCAUGAGCGCAUCGUCAAGCAAUACCAAGAUGCCAUCCGUGCCCACAAGGCGGGCCGGAACGUGGACGUGGCUGAGCUGCCUGUGCCCCCAGGCUUUCCCCCUAUCCAGGGCCUGGAGGCCACCGAGCCCGCCCAGCAGAGCCUAGUGGGCGUCCUGGAGACCGCCAUGAAGCUAGCCAAUCAGGAUGAGGGUCCAGAGGACGAAGAGGACGAGACACCUAAGAAGCAGCUAAACAGCCCUGCAGCACCCACGGCCCAGCCCAGGGCUCCCGCCUCCAAGGCUUCCCAGUCGGGAUCAGCCCCAGCCGGCAAAGCAGCUCCCAAAGGCACAUCCACCAGAGCCCAGCAGCAGCUGGCCUUCCUGGAGGGCCGCAAGAAGCAGCUCCUGCAGGCCGCGCUGCGAGCCAAGCAGAAAAAUGACGUGGAGGGGGCCAAGAUGCACCUGCGCCAGGCCAAGGGGCUGGAUCCCAUGCUGGAGGCCUCACGCAAUGGACUGCCUGUGGACAUCGCCAAGGUGCCCCCCGCCCCUGUCAACAAGGACGACUUCGCCCUGGUGCAGAGGCCCGGCCCAGGCCUGUCUCAGGAGGCCGCCCGGCGCUACGGAGAGCUCACCAAGCUGAUCCGACAGCAGCACGAGAUGUGUCUGAACCACUCCAACCAGUUCACCCAGCUGGGCAACAUCACCGAAACCACCAAGUUCGAGAAGCUGGCUGAGGACUGUAAGCGCAGCAUGGAGACGCUGAAGCAGGCCUUCGCCCGGGGCCUCCCCACGCCCGCCGCCCGCUUCGAGCAGAGGACCUUCAGCGUCAUCAAGAUCUUCCCCGACCUGAGCAGCAAUGACUUGGUCCUCUUCAUCGUGAAGGGCAUCAACCUGCCCACGCCCCCAGGGCUAUCCCCCGGCGACCUGGAUGUCUUCGUUCGGUUCGACUUCCCGUAUCCCAACGUGGAAGAAGCUCAGAAAGACAAGACCAGCGUGAUCAAGAACACAGACUCCCCCGAGUUCAAGGAGCAGUUUAAACUCUCUAUCAACCGCAGCCACCGUGGCUUCCGAAGGGCCAUCCAGACCAAAGGCAUCAAAUUCGAAGUGGUCCACAAGGGGGGGCUAUUCAAGACCGACCGGGUACUGGGGACAGCCCAGCUGAAGCUGGACAGCCUGGAGACGGCAUGCGAGGUCCGGGAGAUCCUUGAGGUCCUGGACGGUCGCCGGCCCACAGGGGGGCGGCUGGAGGUGAUGGUCCGGAUACGGGAGCCGCUAACGGCCCAGCAGCUGGAGACAACCACCGAGAGGUGGCUGGUCAUCGACCCGGUGCCAGUGGCUGUGACCACACAGGUUGCUGGGCCUAAAGGGAAGGCCCCUCCUGUGCCUGUUCCGUCCAGGGAGCCAGGGAACAGAUCAGCCCGGCCCCUGCAUAGCCUCAGUGUGCUAGCCUUCGACCAAGAGCGUCUGGAGCGGAAGAUCCUGGCCCUCAGGCAGGCCCGGCGGCCGGUGCCUCCCGAGGUUGCCCAGCAGUACCAGGACAUCGUGCAGCGCAGCCAGUGGCAGAGGACGCAGCUGGAGCAGGGGGGCCCAGGCAUCCGGCGCGAGUACACAGCGCAACUGGAGCGGCAGCUGCAGUUCUACACGGAGGCCGCCCGUCGCCUGGGCAACGACGGCAGCAGGGAGGCUGCAAAAGAGGCGCUGUACAGGCGGAACCUGGUUGAGAGCGAGCUGCAGCGGCUGCGCAGGUGAGGGGCUGACCGGGCGGGUGGCCCCUGGAGAGUGGGCAGCAGGCCCAGGGCACGGCGCUGGGCAGAGCAGACACGGCCCCCCACCAGACAAGGAGACAAUCAGCGGACAAUCGGCUCCGGACUCGUCCCCCGGCCAGGCCCCCAGCCCAGCGGGAGCGUCCCUGGAAGACGGCAUCAGAGAUGGUGCCAGCCAGCCAGCGUGUGCCCCUUGUCCAGGCCUGGCUGAGGCGGGCACCGGAGAGUCCUGUUUGCACAGCCCGGGGGUGCACAGCUCUGGCCUGCCCUGGAGCCGGGAGGGCGGUUGGGACCAAGCCCCAAGGACCCCUGCAAGCACUUUAGUUCACGUCCCUCACCGGCCUUAACCCCAAAGCCCUCCCUCUCACCCCAAAGAAGCCGCUGCGGCUCAGGCCGUGAGCCCCGCUGGUUCCCCAGGGAGUCGUCCGGGCCCAGCUGGGCCCCCAGGGUUGACACACGGAAUAAACAGCCAGGGCCA